GGGUUUCUCUCUCUCUCUCUCUCUCUCUCUCUCUCUCUCUCUUUGUGUUUGUGUGUAUGGGGAGUGGGUGAAACGUCGCCCCAGUAAACCCUAGUAGAUGGAAAGUGAUCAUACACACCAAGGAGGAGGAACCAUGAUUUAGAGCUUGUUGCUCCCGCCUACAAUGAGAAAUUACUAGGUGAUCGGAAGGAAAUAUGGUCGAGCUUCUUUUCGAGGACAUCUUCGUUCUGAUGAGAUUGGAUCCGGAUGGGAAAAAGUUCGAUAAAGUUUCACGCAUCGAAGCGCGGAGCGAGCAGUUUGAUAUGUUCAUGCAACUAGAUAUUAACACGGAGAUUUAUCCGAUGCAUGUUGGUGAUAAAUUUACUAUGGUCUUGGCUCCAACUUUAAAUCUGGAUGGAACUCCCGACAGUGGCUACUUUGUGCAAGGAAAUAGAAAGUCUCUUGCAGACAAAUUUGAGUAUGUUAUGCACGGGAAGUUGUAUAAGAUCUCUGAAGAUAGUUCCAGUGGGAAAAAUGCAAAAGUGGAGAUAUAUGCAUCAUUUGGGGGCCUCCUGAUGAUGUUAAAAGGCGAUCCUUCUAAUGCGGCAAAUUUCGAGCUGGAUCAGAGGAUCUUUUUGCUAAUCAGGAAAGUGUGAGCAUGGGGACACUAUUAUGCAGGAACCGACGCUUUAUUCUCGUCGUUAGUAAUCGGCGUCGUCGUCAAAUUGCCUUUGUGUUUUGGAUCUUAUCUGUGUAACCUUCAAAGGGUGACUUAUUUUGGAUGGGUAGAGAUUCUAACUUAUGGAGCCAUUAACCUCUUCCUUAGUAUAUAUAAUGGAGUUCUCUUUU